GUGCCACCCUUGAAGAUCUGGGCUCCCAAAUCACUGUCAAACUUUUGUGUCACUUAAGAAUGGGGGAAUAUUGCUUGAAUCCAGUCGCCAUGGGCUCCAUAACAAAAGAGAAAUUCAAGUGUUUACAUGUGCGGGGAUUUAUUUGGGUGACCUACAUACCCCGUGUUUUUCUACCAGAAUUUAGUGUUGCUAAUUCUGAUAUUGUAGUGCCCAGAAUUUACAACAAUUGCCCAUCCUUGACAGUGGAAAGGUCUGGUAUCGGUCUCAUAUACCAGCAAGACGAGGAGGAGUUUAAGCAAGCAAUAAUCCAAUCCUGGACCUCCUUCUUUGACAAUGCGGAUCCCAUCCGUCAGUUUGUUGAAGGUCACUCUCCCGAGCAGCCAAAUCAAGAUCAUACGCCCCAACCACACCAUGUUCAGGACUUUAAUCGAGACAUCAUACUCCACGCAAUUUUCCGUCCGAUUACCGAAAUUCUAGAGUGGUAUCCUUUUCACAUCAGUGGUUCUUCAGUGCAAAUCCUGUUGCCGCCAUCUCUAUGUAGUCAGAGAAAUUGGACAGGACUAGCGCUUUAUGCAUAUUUCUCAGAUCUUGAGAAUCCAACUGCCUCCCUAGACAACUUCGAUCCAGAAAAUCCUCACAGCCUGAUUUGUCACUUGGAAACUGACAACACUAGUUUGGAAUAUUCUCUCCACUCCUAUCGAUCAACUGGCCAUGAAUUAAAGUGGUUAGAAGAUGGAGGAUUCAUUUGGCUGACCUAUAUACCACGGAAGUGUUUUCAAGAUCAGUUGAAUGGAUGUAGUCACUUGGAUGCUUCAUUUGCAAGCGAUAGGGCAGGGCUGUAUGCGAAAAGGUGUGGUUUCCGUCCCGUAUACCAGCAUGAUAAGGGGUUUAUGCAGCACUGUAUGAGCAAGCAAGACGAGGAAGACGAGGAAGAAUUUAAGCAAGCAAUAAUCCAAUCCUGUAUCUCCUUCGACAAUGAGGAUCUUUUCCUUCAAUUUGAGGAAGGUCUUUCCCCCGAACACCCACAUGAAUAUUAUAUGCCCCAAGGAACAUAUGUUAAGGACUUUGAUCGUGACUCGAUAUAUAAUGCAACUUUCCCUCCAAGUACUGAAAUUCUAGAGUGGUUCAGUCCUCAUCACAACAGUGGUCCUUCGGUGAAAAUCCAGUUACCGCCAUCUCUCUGUAGUGACAGAAAUUGGAUGGGUCUGGCUCUUUGUGCAUUUUUCUCACACCUUGACAAUCCAACUGUCUCCCUAGACAAAUUGGAUGCAGAAACUGCUCACUACCUCAUUUGUCACUUGGAAACUGAGAACACUAGAUUGGAAUCUCCCCACAUCUACCGAACAACAUGCGAAGAAUUCAAGUGGUUAUGUGAUGGAGGGUUCAUUUGGCUGACCUAUAUACCACGAAAUUGGUUUCUAGAUCGGUUGAAUGGGGGUAGCCACUUGGAGGCUUCAUUUGCAAGCGAUAGGGGAAGGUUGUCGGCACAAAGUUGUGGUUUCCGUCUAGUACAUGAGCAUGAUGAGGAAGAGUUUAAGCAGCACUGUAUCAGAAUGACCUCGUUAUUACUUGUCAAUCAAGAAACAAAUGGUCAGCAAUACCAUGAUGGUGAGAGCGAGGUAGGACCAGCAGAGCAGACAGCUCCAUCCAGGACGCUCACCAUGAAAGAUUGGAAGGAGCCGAGGGUCUUAAUAAGCCUAAAGACAAGGGUAAACAAGUUCAGGAAUAGGCUGCGGAUGUAUUUGAGAUAUGAGCUGAUUCACCAGGGUCUGCAUUAUCUUGAACUGUUUGGAAUAAAAUGUUCGUUAGUAAUUACGUGUCGUUUCUUAAAGGCAUGCAUGCAAUAUUAAUUUAGGUGUUUGGUUUGUGUCCUGUAUUUGAAAUAAUUGAGGAUUGAUUUCAUGUCCUCUUCUGUCGUUUAAUUUCUUAAAGCACUAGGUUUAAUACAAGUCAAGCAAUGUUGUCUUAAGUCACCGUUGUGGAUUAUCUCCUUGAAAUAAUUCAAAGAGCUAUAUAUAUGUGCUCUUACAAGAAGCAUGCUUUUUAUUAAUCAA